AUGCAACUUAAAUUCAGUCCAGGGUCUGUCCAACACAAGCCAGUCCUAACAGAGCUUACUGCUCAAAAAUCUCUAAUAGAAAACCUUGUGCAAGACAACAAAAUGCUCCACGAAGACAUCGGAGAUUUCAAAGCUGUGCUUGAAAUCCUUAUUACUAAAUACAACGAAAUGAAAAGAGAUCUUGAAGUAGAAAAACUAAAAAAUACCAGAAUCGACUUACUUGAGCAGCAGCUUGCCAAAGAAAAAACCCGAAAACAAAAUCUAUUACAAACACAUCUCAGAUUAAAAGAAAGAUAUAUGGGACUAUUAGAUGUGAUGAGAGAAGCCGCUUUUGAUAUAAAAGACGAAGACAAAGAAGAUAUUUCUUUAUUUGAGCAGCUGAACCGAGAAAACCAUAAAUUGAAAGAAAUGCUGGGACUUUUAAAAAUAUCUGACCCAAAGGUACAAGAAAUUGAAAAAGCGCUAAGAGGGGAAGACGUCACAGACCAAGUUAAUAUAGAAGAAUAUAAAGAAACAUUGAGAAGCUACAGGAAAAAGAAAAACGAGCAGAAAAGAUCAAAAUCCUUUGGAAUUGUAGGGAGAAAAAAUUACCUCUUGAUGUCGCCCCAAGAAAAGACUGAAUCUUCAAAUAUUUGGGACUCUUUCUUCAAUAAGCAAGAAAAAGAGACUGUAAAAUGUUUUGGAAAAAGAUAA